AUGGAGCAGACUGAGGAGGCUAGCUUAGAAGAGCGCCUGAAAUCCAGCUUGUGGUUGUCAAUUGGCAAGAUCGUUGAUGAAGAGACCAUUAGGCUAGGCGUCAAUGCGACACCGCAAUUCAUCGGCGCUUUAACAGAGAUGGUUUGGGCCCAGAUUGAAACCGUCAGCCAGGACCUGGAGUCUUUCGCCAAACAUGCAGGACGCUCUACCGUCAACCUAUCUGAUGUGAUGCUACUUGCACGUCGUAACGAGGGCCUUGAUUCGAUUCUACGUGCGUUCGUUGAGCAAGAAAAAGAGAAGCAGCGCCAGGAGGACUCCUGA